AUGCGGCGGGGCGCAGUCCUGGCGGGCGCCCUGGCGGCGUACGCCGUCUACCUGGUGCUGGGCGCGCUGCUGGUGGCGCGGCUGGAGCGGCCGCACGAAGCCCGCCUCCGGGCCGAGCUGGAGACGCUGCGCGAGGAGCUGCUGCGGCGCAGCCCGUGCGUGGCCGCCCCCGCCCUGGACGCCUUCGUGGAGCGGGUGCUGGCGGCCGGGCGGCUGGGGCGCGCCGCGCUCGCCCACGCCUCGGGGCCCGCCAACGCCUCGGAGCCCGCCUGGGACUUCGCCUCGGCGCUCUUCUUCGCCAGCACGCUGGUCACCACCGUGGGCUACGGGUACACGACGCCGCUGACCGACGCAGGCAAGGCCUUUUCCAUCGCCUUCGCGCUGCUGGGCGUGCCGGCCACCAUGCUGCUGCUCACGUCCUCGGCCCAGCGCCUGUCGCUGCUGCUCGACCGCGCGCCCCUGUCCUGGCUCACCCUGCGCUGGGGCUGGGACUUCCGGCGGGCGGCCCGCUGGCACCUGGUGGCCCUGCUGGGAGUCGUCCUGACCGUGUGCUUCCUGGUGCCGGCCGCCGUCUUUGCGCACCUGGAGGAGGCCUGGAGCUUCCUGGAUGCCUUCUACUUCUGCUUCAUCUCCUUGUCCACCAUCGGCCUGGGCGACUACGUGCCCGGAGAGGCCCCCAACCAGCCCUACCGGGCCCUUUACAAGGUGCUGGUCACAGCUUACCUCUUCCUGGGCCUGGUUGCCAUGAUGCUGGUGCUGCACACUUUCCGCCGCGUGUGUGACCUGCACGGCCUCACACAGCUCAUCCUGUUGCCCAGCCCAUGUCCCGCCGGCUCCAGAGAGGAUGAGGAUGACCCGGUGGACGCUGUGGGGCCCCAGCCAGAACCGCACCAGCAGCUCACGGCUGACUCCCACCCGGACUACGCCUCUAUCCCCAGGUAGCUGGGGCAGGCACUCCGAGGCUGGCUGGACCCGGCCUGCUCAGGGGCCCACGUGACUGGUGCUGCUAUACUGGACCGGCCUCGAGCGCAGGCCCGGGUUCAGGGGGGUUCGAGGGGCAUUGCCACCAGCCGUCCGUCCUUCAUUUUCCCUGUCCCAGACUCCACUGGGCACCACCACUGUCUUGUCCCCACCCCGCUUCUCUGACUCAGCCACUCUUCACCGGCCCAUUCAGGCAGGUUCUGGGCUCACACCUCAUCUCGGGCACCUGAUUGGUCACUAUACUUUGGGCAAGUGGCUGCCCCUGUCUGAGCUUUGGUCUUCUCAUCUGUCACAUGGAAAGAACCUACUCACUAUCUCAAACCCCCUCCUUUGCGCAGGCCCUAGGCCAGGCAGUGCUAGGGACACUGUAGUGGUUGAGAUGGCCCUGGCCCCUGCUCUCAUGGGUUCCUAUUCCAGUGAGGAAGACAGACCUGUCCCCCCACAGUGGCAGCCCAGGACAGGCAGGGACUUCAGUGGAGGAGGCAGAGAGGUCAGCAGCGUGUUAGAGAAAGUGCAGGCAGAGAGGUCAGGGCUAAGGUGGAGGAAGCUCCAGAACUGUGCCCAAUCCAGCCUGCAAGGUCAGGGAGGGCUUCCUGGAAGAAAGGGUAACAUCUCAGGGGAAGAAGGUGGACCUGACUUGUUUUCUUCAAGUGUCUUUAUGGAGCAAGAUCCGUGUGGAGAGCCUGGGGUAGGCCUGUAGAACAGAGCCCUCCUCAGCAGCCUGGCAGGCAGGAAGCUGAGACAGGACCCUGCCUGGUUCCGCAUGGCACCGACGGCUCCGCUUUGAGCCGGGACACCAUGGUGACAGCUGUUCCCAUUUGCCGGGGACAAAUUGCAUAACAUACACUGGGCUCUGGAGCCAGCCUGCUUGGGCUCAGAUCCCAGCUCGGCUGUGUCCUGCCUCUGACCCCGGGCAGUCACUUCACCUCUGUGAUUCUGAGUUUCCUCGUCUGUAGAAUGGCCACAGUAACUGUAGCUACUUCAAAGAUGAUGCCACAGAGCCGGCUACGUUAUUCCGAGAUGAUUUCUUCAGCCAGGUCCUCUUCUGGGUUCUUUACAUAGGACUGAUUUUCUCUUCACUGCCCCCAGAUUUGCCUCCUCCCCAAGUGGCACCUGCUGCCACCUGCUGUCAGUAAUGGCACUUGCUUCCAUGCGGCCAUCUGGUAAACCAUUCCCUCUACCAGGACGGGUGGGAGUUACAGAAGGGAUGGGCAUUUGAGGGGGACCUGGAUAACAUUCAGGAAAAAAGGGCAUGAGAGGCCUCCAGGCAGAAGGUACUGUGCAAGGUACUGUGCAUGCAUAGGGAGGUAGGAAAGCAUGUCGAGUGUCAGCUUCUUUUUUUUUUUUUUUUUAAUUUUUAUUUAUUUAUGAUAGUCACACAGAGAGAGGGAGAGAGAGGCAGAGACACAGGCAGAGGGAGAAGCAGGCUCCACGCAGGGAGCCCGACGUGGGAUUCGAUCCUGAGUCUCCAGGAUCAUGCCCUGGGCCAAAGGCAGGCGCCAAACCACUGCGCCACCCAGGGAUCCUGAGUGUCAGCUUCUUACAGGUCAUUUACGGUGACUGGCCUCCAGGGUGAAGGGGGGAAGGAGGGGGCAGAGCGGUGGACAUAGCUGCAUCUUCAGUGUCCUUAAAUGACCAUCUUGGGACCUUGUCCUCUUUCUUGAGGGCCCUAGAGAGCCAUGGAAAGAUUCUGAGCAGGAGAGGGCUGCGGUUAGGUUUGGGCUUGAGCUGCUGUGAGGAGGUAGACCAGGUGGGGAGACUGAGGCUGUGUGCGGUUUAUGGGGGCUGGGGGAGUGGGGUCCGUGCUGGCACAGCCACAGAGCAGGAAACUGAGGGCCUGGGCGGGGCCAAGGGAAGGGGGGGCAGUGGAGGUCAUGCUCAGGAAGCCAAGCAGACAGGCCCUGUGUAGGCCUUACAGUCUUGAGAGGGACAAGGCCAGAGAAAGCGAGGAUGGUUGGCUGCCCCUGAGUUAGGAACCUGAGAGAAUAAAACAGGUUUGAGGGGAGAUGUUGAGGCUUGUUUGGCACAUGGUGGGUGUGAGGGGCUAAAGGGACAUUCAGAGGAAGGCAUCAGAAGGUCACAGGAAACUCAGGGCACGGCGUCGGGGUGUGGUUGAGGCUGGCGACAGGUGGGGAACGGAGGCCACGCGGGUAGGUGUGGCAGCCCUGGGUGGGAACACCAGGAGAACACCAGCCUGGGGAAGUCAGCUUUAGGGUAUUUAUAUAUGAUACCAGUAAGGAAACAUUUGUGAUGAGCCCUGGGGUUUUCUGUGUAAGCAAUGAAUCACUAAAUUCUACUCCUGAAAUUAAUAUUACACUACAUGUCAACUGACUAGAAUUUAAAUGAAAACUUGAAACAUUUAAAAAAAAAAAAAACUAAGGUAAGAUUUGGGCUGCAAGGAAAAGAUCCUGACUAGUGCUGGCUGAAACAAUGAGAUGAUUGUAUAUUGCCUGUCCCCAGAGUUGGGGAAAGCUCUGGGCAUGAGACCACCCACAGCUCCAGCAAGGUCUUGUGGCCCGGGGUUCCCAAUCUCACUGUUUUGCCACCUUCAGCUGAAGGCUUGGCUCCACAUGGGCUCUCCUCAUGGCCCCAAAGUAACUGCUGCAGAUCCAGGCAUCAAACCAGACAUGAUAAUUUUUAGUGCAAGAAGAAGGGGGCGUCUCUUCCCAGAUUGUCUCUUUGGAAGCAAGGAAACCUUUCCUCCAGAGCCGCCCUGAAGACUUCCUCCAUCUCGUUGGCCAAAAUUGGUUCACAUGCCCAUCCUGAACCAAUCAUUGGCCAGAGUGAUGGAACCACCAUGAUUAACUUGGAUUCCUCAGGAUUCCCCCUGCCACCUGAAACUGAAGCUGAGGCUGAGAUUUUGGUUUGGAGGCUGGCGAAUGUGUGAACAAAACUGGACUUCUAUUAGAAAGGCAGGAGGGGAAGAAUGGGCAGACAUGGAUCAACGAAGCAGUCAAGGUCAUCAUGUACAAUUGUGCAGGUCGGGACCAACACAAGGGAUUUCCGGCUGGCAGGGUGGAAACACACAGGGGCUGAAGUUCAAGGCUGAAAAUGACCCAAAGGGGCUUCUUUUUCUAGUUAACAUAAAGGCUCCAUCUGCAGGCAGUGACCUUUCAACUGGUGUCCUCAUACCAGAGAGAAGAGUUUAUAAAGGAGACAGAAAAAGAGUUCCAGGGGAGUAGGAAAAACGAGAGGGUGGGGAGAAUCGGUAAGGGAUGAGAGAAUUUUAAAGAAAAUUCACCAUUGUCAAAAGUCAUGCUAAGAAGUCACCCAAGAUUGUUUCAAUAACAGUUAUAAGAAAACACUUAUAAAGGAUUUACUAUGUGCCAGGCACGGCU